CGAGCAGGGAACAGCUUGAGAUUUUUAAAAGUGUUUCAGUUUCCUGAAUGCAACCCCAUCUCUUCCUUUGAUUCUAUUCUGGGUUUAGCAGCACCCAAGUCCAUCCAUUUUCACCCAGUCCUUGCCAAAAUAUAUUUACUCAUUGGCUAAUCCACAGAAUCAAAGAGUAGAAAGAGCCUUGAGAGGAGACCCAGUUCAACCCAUACCCUGAACAAGAAUUCCCUCCAGAGUAUCAGAAAAUGCGUCAGAGAGCCUCUCCAGCCCAGCCUCCUUCCUCAUUUUUAAAGUGAGGAAGUCCAGAACUGAAGUGCAAAGAACAUGCUCUAAGGUUAUCUGCUAAAGCAGCCCGGUCAAGAUUGGAAUCCAUUUCCUCUGCCUCCCAUCCAGCUCUUUUCAAUCUCACUGGGCUGACUAUUCAAUGACCUUCAAUUCCCCAGUUCCUCAUCUUCUCACCAGUUCCAGCUAGGCUUCGGUCUGGAUUCAGUUUUGGGAGUGAGGGUGUGGAGGAGGAAGAGGACAAGCAAAGAUCUGAGGAUGAAAAGCACGAUCCAGAAGAGGACGUUAAAAGAGAAUGUUGCUUGUGGUUGGCAACUCUGAUGGGAGAAUCUUUAGAGGAAGGAUUGCCUAGAGGAGGGGAACAAGGUCCUUCCAAGAAGCUUCAGAGCUGCCAAUCUCUGGGCAGUUGGAUUGGCUAACAAGGGCACGAAUGGGGGAGCCCCGCUGUGGUCUGGAAGAUCCCUUCAACCAAAAGACCCAAAAAUACUUACUUCUAGGUCGCUGGCGGAAGAGGCAUCUAACGUUCCGUAUCCUGAAUUGGCCAUCCACCCUCCCAAUCUACACUGCUAGGAAAGCCCUGCAUACUGCUUUCAGAUACUGGAGCAGGGUGGCCUCCCUGAGCUUCCGAGAGAUUCAGGCAGGCUGGGCAGAUAUCCGUUUUUCCUUCCAUGGCCAACGCGACCCCCACUGCUCACAAGGUUUUGAUGGACCUGGAAAGGUCCUGGCUCAUGCUGACAUCCCUGAAUCGGGCAGUGUGCAUUUCGAUGAAUCAGAGACCUGGACAGAGGGGACCAAAAUGGGGGUGAAUCUUCGCAUCAUUGCAGCCCAUGAGCUUGGCCAUGCGCUCGGGCUGGGCCAUUCCCGAUACCCGCAGGCCCUCAUGGCACCUGUUUAUUCUGGCUUCCGGCCCCACUUCCAGCUUCACCCUGAUGAUGUGGCAGGGAUUCAGGCCCUCUAUGGCAAGAGGAUCCCUCCGAGUGGAGAGAAGGAAGAGGAGGUAGAGGAGGAAGAGAAUGAAGUUUCCAUUGUAACCCCAGGGCCCACACUGCCGGGAGCUGUGUCUGACCCCUGCAGCGGAGAGCUGGAUGCCAUGAUGCUAGGCCCUCACGGAAAGACAUAUGCCUUCAAAGGAGACUAUGUAUGGACAGUGACUGGCUCCAGACUGGGACCCCUUUUCCAUAUAGCGACCAUAUGGAAGGGGCUCCCAGGGAACCUGGAUGCUGCUGUCUACUCUCCCCGCACAAAAUGGAUCCAUUUCUUUAAAGGUAAUAUGAUCUGGCGCUACAUGGGCUUCAAAUUGGUCCCUGGCUUUCCUAAGCGGCUAAGUCAAGUGGGACCCAACUUGGAUGCAGCUCUGUACUGGCCUGUCAACCAGAAAAUUUUCCUUUUCAAGGGCUCUGGGUAUUGGCAGUGGGAUGAGCUGGCUGUGAAUGACUUCAGCCGUUACCCAAAGCCGAUAGGAAAGCUGUUCACUGGAGUUCCAGAUGAGCCCUCCGCAGCCUUGAGCUGGCAGGAUGGCAAAGUCUACUUCUUUAAAGGUAAAAAGUACUGGCGCCUGAACCAGCAGCUUCAAGUGGAGAAAGGCUUUCCCAAGGACACUUCCCAGAACUGGAUGCACUGUGUUCCCCCAACCAUGGGCAUCACAGCCUCAGCCACCAGCUCCAAAGAAGCGUCCACUUAGCCACAAAAAGGACCACAUCUUUCUCAGCUCCGGAUAACUCCUCUGUACUUCUUCCCACUACCACUCUUGUUCACGAGGAGGAAUUGACCCUAUUCUUUAGAUCUUGGGCACCCUAACCCUGAAGACUGCCCCACCUCACCAAGGACAGUAUUACCAGCUAUGAGCAACAUGCCUCUGGUCCUCGGCUCAUCUCUUCACUCUUGGCAGAGGCACUUUGCCCCUGGGCUAGAGACUUUCCCUGACCUAGUGCAUCUAGUCCUCCUAGAUGGCUAUCAUACCUUCCCCACCUGGGCAGGGCUACCCUUUCUUUUGCAUCAAACACUGAUUACUCCCUGGCCAUGAACACCUUCUUCCUUGUCUUGUACAGCAUCAUCAACUUCACGCCCUAAGGGCAGCUCUGCGUGUCUGGGACCAUCUCUAAUUUCAAUUGUUGACUUUACUACAGGGUGUGUGCCCUUAGGGCUGGAGGGAAAGGGAGUAAUUACCCACCAGGACAAAAAACAAUGUUUACAGAGCUUGGUGUGCUUAAGUUCUCUUCACAGUUCUUGCUGUAGUCAAUGCAUAGCCUCGAAAAAUUCAAAUGCGGCAUCUGAAAAAUUUGAGUAUGUAAAAAAUGUCACCCUUUGAAACUGAAGUUAGUAUGAUUCAGUGACCAAACGAUGAAACAGCGCUCCCUGGGAGAUGUGAUCUCUCUUUCAUCACAGCACCUUGUGAUUCUCUUAUGCACUGAUCAUAUAUGAAUUUAUAAAAGUUAUUGUUGUAAAUGUCUUAUUCUUCCUACUAGAUUGUAAGCCCCUGGAGGGCAAGGACCAGGUCUUAUUUAAGUUUUUAUCUACUCAAGCACCUAGCAGUGUGCUUUUCAAAGAUGGUUAGUAUGUUUGUUGCAUUAAUGAAAGAAGGAAAUGAAAUCAAGCAUUUAUUAAACACUAGGUACUGGGCUAAGGAAGAAGGGAAUGUAAGAAUGGGCUAUGGUUGUGAGAUGACUCCUGAAACUAGGUGCCAAUCUUAAAUGUAAGGAAGCUAAGAUUUACUCCACUGGGUUCCAGAAGACCCAAGAUAAAGUUGGAUAACAGAAUGGUCUGCAGGAGGACCAAGCUUGUCAGUCAGUGUGUCUCUGAUUCUAAUGACUGGUUCCAGAUAUUAGGAAGGAAAUAUGGAAAAGUAUGAUACAGGAUGGCAGUUUAUCAGACUAGCCUAGCUUGAUAAAAAUGUCCUUUAGGACAGCAUAGAUUCUUUGCACUGUUUCUAUGUUCACCAAGCAACCUUAUGAUCUCAAUAAUUUGAGAAUUCCUGUGAUUGUUACUGGGAAUCUAGUUGGAUAGAUUUCCUUUUGCCAAUGAAUAAAUUGGCAUCCAUGUUAAUAAUUGGAGUCACUUGUGAUUUCUAUUCAAUUGAACUAAUCCCUCAGAGCCUAUCACUUUCGGGUGAUAUUGUUUUAACCAAUAACAUUACUAAAUAUUUUAAAAAUA